AUGAGUAAAGUCAAUCAAGAGUCAUUGGAGGGUUACAAUCCUUUUUCUGAUCCUACCCCAAAAUAUGAAUCUUUAACACCUGAAACUAACGAAUCAUCUUCAGAUAAUCGAAAUAAAAAUUAUGUUUUCGAUAUUCCCCCACCACCAAUACCACCUACGGAAAUGUAUUCACCAUAUUCAAAAGCUACAGCUGGUGGUGGUAAUGAAAGCGUCUUAGCUUUGGAGCGUAGACAAGCUGAACUUGAAGCUCGUGCAGCCGAAUUAGAUCGUCGAGAAAAAGAACAACAAGCUCGUGUGAAUACAAUUCAUUCAGGUCCAAGUCCACAUAAUUGGCCACCAUUCCCUCCAUUCUGUCCAUGCAAACCAUGUGUUCGACAAGAUUUUGAAAAUGAUAUUCCAUUCGAUUGUCGAUGGAUGGCGAAAAUGGGUUAUGGUAUUUGGUUGGGCUAUGCUAUCUUGUUAAUAUUCAAUAUGUUUGGAGCACUAGGCUAUUUUAUUGUUGGUAACGGUGCAGCUGAAGGACCAUUGUUUGGUGCAUCAAUUUUAUUAGUGCUUGUUAUGCCACCUAUAAGCUUUUUCGGAUGGCAUCGACCUUUGUAUAAAGCAUUAAGAUCAGAUAGUUCAGCGAAUUAUUUAUUAUUUUUCCUUUUCUUUUCUGGACAAACCGUUAUUAUUUUAAUACAAUGCCUUGGAAUUGAUUAUCUUGGAUCAUGUGGUUGGAUUAAUGGUAUAAAAACUAUGACUCGUAAUGAUGGUGUUGGUGUUCUAAUGUUAUUGAUUGCUACAAUAUUCAGUAUACUUGCAGGAUUUUGUAGUUUCCUGUUAUUUAAGGUUCAUAGAUAUUAUCGAUCAUCUGGAGCAAGUUUACAUAAAGCUAAACUAGAAAUGGCCAAUGCAGGAGUAUUUGAACGUUCCGGAGGAUUCGGUGCAAUGCCAUAAUUGAAGAAAGAAAGAAAGGGAGAAAGAAGACUAUAAUAAAAUAGUGAACAGGCAAUUUUUAUAUUAAUCAGUAUACUUGUAACACAGUUUAAUCAAUAUGGAUACAGUUUUUUUUUAUAAAAAAAAAGAAAAGAAAAAAGUAACCGGACAUAUUCUGUCCUCACAUAUCCACCUUUAAAACCUCCAGUGAUAUCUUAUUUUUUUCUCUGUCUCUCUCUUCUGUUCUCUUUUCUCUCUAUGCACAAUGUUUGUUGUUGUUUUUCCCUGUUUGUUCGUUUUUUUAACUUUUAAUUGUGAUUGUUUUUGUUAAGUUUUACAUGUAAAGAAUAAAUAACCAAAUUAAACUAACUAACUAACCAACUAAUAUGUCACUAACUAAUGGCUGCGAGAUUGUUUUGUUUUCCGUUUUUUUUAUUCAAAAAUUCAUCUAUUUCCAAUGAUAAAUGCUCAUAUAUAUCCAUACAAACAAACACCCCACCCCCGCCCCCCCACACACACAUGCUCAUGCACAGUUUAAUAAUAACAUGACGAGUACUUUUCUGUUUUACGUUUUUUUAUUCAUUGUUAUAUUGAAAAUAAAGAAAGAGCCAAUCAUCUCUUCUUCUCCUAUUUUUAACUCAUGGGUGUAUGGGUGGUAGUCUUCUUCUGUAUACUCAUAGUUGUUGUGGUCUUGUUCAUUAUGAUCACCGACUUUGUUUACCUUCACCAUGAUUACUACGACUACUACCACUUUUCUCUGUUUCAAUCUGUCCGUUAUAUAUAUGAGUGCUUUUAAUAUGAUUUAGCAUUGGUUAGUGUGUUUGUUGGUUAAAUCAAAUGGAUUGUAUGGUAUUUUUCACAUAUUAAAACGAAAAAAAAACUUGUUUCAUCAUGUGUUUUUUGUUCUUUUCUUAACCCGUUUUCUUCUUGUUCUUCUUUUUAUUAUCAUCAUGUAUUAACUUGACAGAAUUAAAACUAAAUGAAAAUCAUUCAUAAGAUUUGUUUCUACUAUAAUGUUUGUUUUAUUACAUACUUCAAUACAUUAUAUUAUGAACUUUGUUU